AUGACUGUUGAAGAGAAUAUUAUCACACACCCUGUUCCUCCUCGUCUUUUGGAUACUUCAAAGUAUCCUAAGCCUCACAUUCACUCCAUGGACACGUAUAAGGCCUUAUGGAAAGAAAGUGUUGAGCACCCAGAAGAGUUCUUUGCCAAGUAUGCUCGUGAGCUCUUGUCUUGGUCCAAACCAUUUGAAACCGUCCGUCAUGGCUCACUUGCUCAUGGCGAUAUUGGCUGGUUCUUGGAAGGUGAACUGAAUGCCUGUUAUAACUGUGUAGACAGACAUGCCUUGAAGAACCCCAACAAGAUUGCUAUUAUUCAUGAAGGUGAUGAACCAGAUCAGGUCCGUAAUAUUACCUAUGGUGAAUUAUUCCGACUUGUCUGUCAAAUGGCAAACACUUUAAAAAAUCUGGGUGUGCGUAAAGGAGAUAACGUAGCUAUCUACAUGCCUAUGAUACCUGAAGCUCUUGUUGCUGCUCUCGCCUGUGCUCGUAUCGGCGCUGUUCAUUCCGUUGUUUUUGCUGGUUUUUCGGCCGAAUCGUUACGUGAUCGUAUAAUUGACUGUGCUGCUCGCGUCGUCAUCACAUCAGAUGAAGGCCGUCGUGGAGGCAAAAACAUCGCUACCAAGCGCAUUGUGGAUGAAGCUCUGCGCAGUAACCAAACUCAUAUUGAACAUGUUAUUGUCUUCCGUCGUACAGGAUCACCUAUUGAUUGGGUGGAAGAUCGAGACUUGUGGUGGCACGAAGAAAUGGCUAAAGCAAGAACCUUUUGCCCACCUGAACCUAUGAAUGCCGAGGACCCUCUUUUCUUGCUUUAUACAUCAGGAUCAACAGGUGCACCCAAGGGUAUUUUACACACAACCGGUGGCUAUCUCUUGGGAGCUGCUUUGACGGUCAAGUAUAUUUUUGACUAUCACGAGAACGACAUUUUUGCUUGUAUGGCAGAUAUUGGAUGGAUCACAGGUCACACUUAUGUCAAUUAUGGUCCACUUACUUUGGGUGGCACAACGGUUUUGUUUGAAUCUACACCAACCUAUCCUGAUCCUUCUCGUUUCUGGAGAUUAGUCGAAAAACACAAGGUUACUCAGUUCUAUACCGCACCUACUGCCAUUCGUGCCCUUCGUCGUUUAGGUGAUGAGUGGGUGGAUAAAUGUGAUUUGUCCUCUCUUCGUGUCAUUGGUUCUGUUGGAGAGCCCAUUAAUCCUGAGGCCUGGGAGUGGUACUAUAAGAAGGUCGGACGAUCGCAGUGUGCUGUUGUUGAUACCUAUUGGCAAACCGAGACAGGAUCUAUUGUCAUUGCACCUCUUCCUGGUGUUACUCCUACCAAAGCUGGUUCAGCUACAUUGCCUUUCUUUGGUAUCAAGCCUGUCAUCUUGGAUCCUACUACAGGCAAAGUACUUGAGGGUAACGAUGUGACAGGUGUGUUGGCUAUCUCUCAACCUUGGCCUUCAAUGGCCCGUACAGUCUAUAACAACCACGCUCGUUUCCUCGAAACAUAUCUGCAUCCUUACAAUGGAUAUUACUUCACUGGCGAUGGUGCUACUCGUGAUAAAGACGGCUAUAUUUGGAUCCGUGGACGCGUUGAUGAUGUUAUUAACGUAUCCGGUCACCGUCUAUCCACUGCUGAAAUAGAAUCUGCUUUAAUUCUUCAUCAUUCGGUUGCAGAAGCUGCUGUUGUGGGAGGUCAUGAUGAUUUGACUGGUCAAUGUAUCCAUGCAUUUGCUGUACUAAAGCCCAAUAUCGAGGACUCUGAAGGAUUUGAGAAGGAGUUGACCUUACAAGUGCGUAAAGUGAUAGGGCCUUUUGCUACGCCGAAGCGUAUCUAUGUUGUCACGGAUCUUCCCAAGACAAGAUCUGGUAAGAUCAUGCGCCGUAUUCUUCGCAAGAUCGUGAACGGAGAGCAGGACUCUUUAGGUGACACUUCUACUUUGGCCGAUCCUUCAGUUGUUGAUCAACUCAUUAAGCGCGUUAUAGGCAAGAAAUAA